AUGCGGACCCACACCGAGGUCCCAGACAGGAUCCACCAGUGUAAUAUGUGUCCCAAGCGGUUCUUUAAGAUCACCCACCUGAAGCGCCACAUCAUGACUCACACCAAGGUCCGAAUGUACAAGUGUGAAAUCUGUCCUAGGUCGUACAAAGACAAGGACACUCUGAGGAAGCACAUCAAAUUCUGUCACCCGCCUGAGGGAGAUGAAGUGGAGGAAUUCCAGUGUGAACACUGUGACAGAAAGUUCUACAACAAGGGGCAUCUGAAGAGGCACAUGGUCAAACACACAGGAGAGAGACCGUUUGUUUGUCCACAUUGCCAGAAAGGCUUUGGGGAGAAAAAGAGUCUGGAAAAUCACAUUAGAAUUCACACAGGUGAGAGACCUUACGAAUGUCAGGAUUGUGGGAAGCGUUUUAUUCAGCUGUCUCAUCUCAGACGACACAAGUAUCUCCACACCCAGGUGAGCUUUUACCUCUGCUCAUAG